GCCUCCCUCUCACUCCCCAGGGGGAGCCUCUGCUUAGGAGGUUGCGGAGGGCUGGAGGAGGGAUCAGGGCCGCCCUUGGUGUGUUUGGAGCUCGGUGUAGCUGGGGAUGCCGGGGCUGUGGCAGUUCACAGCUAAUCGGGGGAGCGGUAGUUCAGGAGGCGGGAGGGAGCAACAGCCAGAGGCCGGACUACAUGCCCCUGCUCCCUGCUGGCCUCUUCCUACUAAGCGGCCAUGUUAACCAGGAAACCCUGUGCGGCUACAGCCGGCAGAGCAAGCGAGAGUAAUGGUCCCUUGCAGCCGUCUCCAGGAUUACCAAGGUCUUCAGCGGGCACAGGGCCAUCGUCACCUGUAUUAUUGCCACCCCUCCGAUCCAGCAACUUAGCACAAACGACUGGAGGCAAUAAGCACAUUAUGAAUGAACAUCUGCAUGUUGGUAACCAUGCACAGAUCCAAGUGCAGCAACUAUAUGAAGAAAACAGCAACAAAAGAACUGUCCUAACAACGCAACCAAACGGGCUUACAGCUGUUGGUAAAUCUGGAUUACCUGCUGUUUCUGAUAGACAGUUAGAAGGUACUAACAGGAGGCAGGGAAGUUCCAGCUCCUUAAAAUCUGCAGAUGGGUCAACAAAAGUUAAAAUACCUUCAUUAACUCCAGAACAAGCGAUGAAGCAAUACAUGCAAAAGCUGACAGCCUUUGAGCAUCAUGAAAUUUUCAACUACCCUGAAAUCUUUUUUUUGGGUCCAAAUGCAAAGAAACGUCAAGGUGUGAUUGGUGGCCCAAAUAAUGGUGGUUAUGAUGAUGAUCAGGGCUCAUACGUGCAAGUACCUCAUGAUCAUGUUGCAUACAGGUAUGAAGUUCUAAAGGUAAUUGGGAAAGGAAGUUUUGGACAAGUUGUGAAAGCUUAUGAUCAUAAGCUCCAUCAGCAUGUGGCAUUAAAAAUGGUGAGAAAUGAAAAACGCUUUCACCGUCAAGCUGCAGAAGAAAUCCGAAUUCUGGAACAUCUGAGAAAGCAGGACAAAGAUAACAACAUGAAUGUAAUACACAUGCUGGAGAACUUCACAUUCCGCAACCAUAUCUGCAUGACGUUUGAGUUGUUGAGCAUGAACCUUUAUGAGCUGAUAAAGAAAAAUAAAUUUCAGGGCUUCAGCUUGCCUUUAGUUCGUAAGUUUGCUCAUUCUAUUUUACAGUGCUUGGAUGCUUUGCACAAAAACAGAAUAAUCCACUGUGACCUUAAACCAGAAAAUAUUUUGUUGAAGCAACAGGGUAGAAGUGGCAUUAAAGUAAUUGAUUUUGGCUCAAGCUGUUAUGAGCAUCAGCGUGUCUAUACAUACAUACAGUCACGUUUUUAUCGAGCUCCAGAAGUAAUUCUUGGAGGCCGCUAUGGAAUGCCUAUUGACAUGUGGAGCUUGGGCUGCAUUUUAGCAGAACUGUUGACUGGAUAUCCACUCUUACCUGGGGAAGAUGAAGGUGAUCAACUGGCAUGUAUGAUAGAAUUAUUGGGAAUGCCAUCCCAAAAACUGCUGGAUUCAUCAAAACGAGGCAAAAAUUUUGUCAGUUCAAAGGGAUACCCUCGUUAUUGCACUGUUACAACCUUGCCAGAUGGUUCUGUAGUACUCAAUGGUGGCCGUUCAAGAAGAGGCAAAUUGAGAGGACCCCCUGGGAGUAGAGAUUGGGUUACUGCAUUGAAAGGCUGUGAUGAUCCUCUAUUUUUAGACUUUCUGACACAGUGUUUAGAAUGGGAUCCUUCUCUACGCAUGACACCCAGUCAAGCUUUGAGGCAUCAUUGGCUUCGUAGGCGUUUGCCAAAGCCUCCAACUGGGGAAAAAUCCUCAUCCAAAAGAGUAACUGAAAGCAGUGGUGCUAUAACAUCCAUUUCUAAGUUACCUCCUACAUCAGGUUCAGCUGCAAAACUAAGGACUAAUUUGGCCCAAAUGACAGAUGCCAAUGGAAAUAUUCAGCAAAGGACAGUAUUGCCAAAAUUGGUCAGCUGAUUUGAUGCAUAUUUUACUUAAGACACCUUGCUGAGCCUUAUGCAUACAAAGCAACAGCUCAAAUUUUCUAAUAUUUUUAAUUGCUCAAUUUUAAAACAUUGUCUGUGCAACUGUUGUUUUUUUUAAAUAUUAAUGAUGUUUUGUAUUUUAAACAAUGGGGACAAUGCUUUAAGGUUUUAUAUAUAUAUAUAUUUUUUUUCUUUUUUGGUGAAUUAUGAUUGGCCUUGCUAAACUUAGGAAGUGUCAUAAAUUCAGUGGCUGGCCACUGACAGUACUACUUGACUGUUAACUUUUAUUUAUUUGUGUCAAAAGUGUUUAGUUACCAUUCAAACACACGCACAUUUGGUUUAAGCAGUAUCGGAAGACUUGUCUUUUAUUUAUGUAUUGUGCAACAACAGAUUAUGAUUUGUAUCCAUGCUCACAAAUAAAAAAAAAAAAAUAGCGUUUUUUGUGCAUCUGCAUUAAAUAUUCAACUUAAUAAAGUUGUUGUUUUGGUGCAUAUUGCUACCAACACAGAAUGUUUGUCAGGUUUUGCUAUUGGGAACAUGAUCCUUGUAAACAUUUUAAAUUCAUUAACACUCAAGAUUUUAGCUUAGCUCUUCAUACACCAGGGUACAUAUUUUGUACACUUUUAGAUUUGCAGGCCCUUCUAACAGAUAUUUAACUGUAUCUUUAGUUGCAUUUGAAGGAAACAAUAUUUACAUACUUUGUUUAAGCAGUUAUGUUUUAAUACUAAAACAAAUAUCUGCUGAAAACCAAAUCUAUUUAUUGUUUAUAAGUGAAUUUAUUUAACAUGUCCUGAACUACUGCUAUAAAACGGGGGGGGUAAAAAUUAUUUCUAUAUAUUAGAGUAUCUUGAUACGUCUUAAAGGAACAUUCUAGUGCAAAUAAUGCUGUGGUUUAUCCAUGGCAUAAUCAUUUUAAAGCAUUUUUUUUUCUAUUUAAAUAUUUUUCCUCCUGUUUCAUUUAUUUAACAACCACCACUUUGUUUGUCCCUUUAAAGGGACAUGGACAUCAAAAUUAAACUUUAAUGAUUCUGACUGUGCAUUUAAAAAAAAAAAAAAAAGCUAUCCAGUCUACUGCUAAUAAUCAAAUUUAGAUUUUGCUUAUGGUAUAUUUUGUUGAAACUUGGCUCCUUUCCAUCAGAGCAUACCUAGUUAGUUUCAGCACUGUGCAUGUCACGUAAAAUAUAUCUGUAACAUUGUUACAGACACAACUGCCGUAAAGCACUCAAGGCAUAUACAGCCAUUAGUCUACCUUGGUAUGCUGUCAUGGAAAGGCACUACUUUUCAAGAAGAUACCAAGAGAACAAAUUAUAUUUGAUAAUAGAAGUAAAUUUAAGUUGUCCAUGCUAUCCGAAUCAUGAACGUUUGUUUUCCCCUUAAGAAUUGUACCCUUGUGGUGGAACCUAGCUUUUAUGUAUGUGAACCAUGGUGGAACAUACUUUAAUAGGAAGGUGCUUUUUUCUGUGAUUUGUGUUUUUCAGGCUUCAUUUAAAAUGACUUAAAGCAUGGUCCCCAAUUAGGCUAAACUGUUUCCAGCUUACACUUUCUUUAAUGUUCUUGCCAAUUUGCAAUAUAACUAUUUAAUACUGUAAAAUAUAGAAUGGUAUAAAAAAUUUAAAAUUUUAAAAGGUCUAUUUCCACAGCACAUAUAUUUGUAAUAAUACUUUCACAGACGUCUUCUGAGUGUGACAAUUACAAAAUAAUGUAAUAUAUGCUCCUCUGAUAAACAGAAUAUGCAUAUUUUAUUACAAAAACACAUUUUCUUAAUAUUAAAUAUUAUAUUAAGAGCCACAAUAGUAAUUUGCACUUCCUCUAAGAGGUUUAAAUAUGACGCUUUUUAGGCUGCCAUUAACUUGUACACUCUCUUAGUUGGAAGUGUAGCAUUUUGUCAAACUCCUCUUUAAAACAAAUCUGUCUUGCAUAUUAUGGCCUCUGGGCAUUCAGUUUUUUCCUAAUAGGUUAUAAGUGUCUUUGUUUCGAAACAAUCACACUUUAUAUUGAAAUUGGGUUGUUCUUUACCAAGACUUGAUUAGUUUGGCCUAGAUCCCAUGCCGACCCCAUGCCGAUUCCCAAUACUUAUCAGAUACAUGGACCUUACAAAAAACUAAUUUAUCUAGUAAUUUCUUAACACAUUUGGCCCUGGGAAAAACCUUCUAUACCUGAUAUGGGGGGCAGUUUGACACUACCAUUCCAAUCAGUCAAGUUUUUUACUUUGGACAUUUUGAAAAUGUUUUUUUUCCUGUUUAGAGCUGCAUUUAUUGGUUUGCACUACUGUUUUCUAUUAAGGUUUUUGCUUAUGUACAAAUCACACGUUCAUAUUAAUUUUGUUUAGUUCAAAGUUAAAAAUAUAGUUUAAUCUUUAUUUAUUUUUAAAGCCUGUUCACAAAUUAUGAUAUGAUUAAUUAAGUGUUCAGUGGAGGUUUAAACAUUAAAUAUAAAAUGACUAUAUGUGAAGUUAUAUUAUUAAUCAAACUAGACAUUAAUUACCAAUAUAAACUAUUAUAUUUAGUCUAUUUUGGCCAUAUAUGUUUUACUACUGUUAAGAUCUGAUAACCCUUAUGACAACCUACAUAAAAAUCACAGAAUACCUCUGGUUCUCACAUUUAUUUUGCUUUUUUAGUUUACCUACACAGGAGAAAUAUUUAUUUUCAAAUUGAUUUGAUCGUAUUACUGACUGAUUGGAAUCAUGUAAUCAAUUUUUGGUUUACCAGGUGUUUGUCAAAAAGAAUGGAUUCUAGGCCCUAACAGCUAAUAACCCCCUUAAAGGGACAUUUAAAUCAAUAACACACACACAAUCUAUAAUAUUUUUAAAUAUGCAUAGUAUCUAUAAGGUCUGCUUACAAGAAAUUAUUUAAAGCUUUUAAAAUGCCUCUUAAGUAUGUUUAUCCUACUUGUGGCCAAUUAAUGACGUAUAAAGAUGAGCUUCUGCACUGAUCAAGCCCUUGGACCCUGCAAAAUGCACUUCAUCCUCUUUGAGGGCAGUGGGAAAAAACACAAUUUGUGCUGUUUUAAUAUGGUUAAAGCAGGCAAAGUACAAACGUUGUUUAAGUAUGCAUAAUUAAACAUUUUAUGGGGAAUUACAUUUUGAAUUUAAAUGUCCCUUUAGGCUUAUUAUUUACUUCUGUGAUUCCAUUGUAAUAAAAACAGACAUCUUGCUAGUAGUAGCUUCAUUUUUUUUUUUUUUUUUUUUUUCUCAUUCUGUAAUAGUGCUGGAAAAAACUCGGCAAGUAAACUUUAUUAUUAACUUAAGGGCUCUGUUGGUUGAGGUUUGCUAUGUUGUCUUGGAAACAGUACAGUGUCUCACAGGUUACCACUGUCUAGGGAAGUCUUACCUAUUUGUAGAGUUUGCGAUUACACAGUCUGUUGCUGUUUCUUUGGUUGCAGUUUUAUUUAGUUCCAUAUAUAUAUGCAACCUGUAGGGAAUCUAUCACAUAAGUGUAUUAUGUAAAACAACAGAAAUGUGUAUACAGAUAAUAUAGAACAACUUGUGCCCUUAGUGUAAACCAUGUGCCUUUUUGUUAUCAAUGCCAUGUGUAAGGCACAUUUUUGACCUCUUACUCUUUAGACAAAAACUGGUAAAGGUAUUUUAUAUUGUUACUUGUCUUAAAAUAUCCAACAUGUUGAGAGGCCUUAAAAGUAACCAUAAUGGUAAUUAAGCUGCUGGGAAAUAUUUCCAUGCAAUGAAAAGAUCGAGGGAAGAGGUCUGUGCUGUUCUUUACUGAUGAAUUGACCAACAUAUUGGUUACCUGUAUAUUUAGAACACUCCUUCCUAUUGUAUUCUUUUUUUAACUGGUGGGUUUCGUUAUUUGAAUACUAGUGAUCAAUCAUAUUACAUUUUGUAAAAUUUACCUCAGAUUACUUUAAGUUUUUGUAGUGUGAACAAGGAACAUUUUGGUAACAACCAACGUGCAUUCUUUUUGUAUGUACUGGUCUGGAGUUAAACCAGCCAUGGAUUUAUACAAUUUACAUUGAAGGCACUUGCGCUACUUUUUAAUUCAUGACUUUGGGGUAAAUAUUGCCCCAGUGUUUGGGUUGUAUUGUACUCCUUAGCAAAACAUUAAAAUACAAACAAUUUCCAUCGUUUAGACAACCUUUGAAUCUGUAUUUGUAAAUCUUAGGGUUUAAAUAUAUACUUUUCUAUAUAUUUCAUAUGGCCCAAUUUUAUGCUGUUCACAUUUAAAAACUGUAUUUCCUUUUUUCUUCUUCUAGACGCUUUUUACAUUUUUGCAAAUCUUUUUUUGGGUCUACAGAUUUGUUAAUGCUCACAAAAUUGCCCCUAUGGUCUAGGCAGUGGCUUGGCUUUUUAAUAAACAACAUCUUAGACAUGUGACUGUAAUAUGCUGCAAUUGUUUGUACUGAUAAUAUGUGAAAACACUUGGAUUGAAUGUGGACAUUGUAUAUAUUUGUGUACAUUUUCUGUAAGAUGCUGCUGGAGCCACUUCACUUUCUGUAUGUUGUAUUUGAGUGGAAUCAAAGUGGCCAGUUUUAUAAUACUGUAUGUAUUGUACAGCAGAUAACAGAAGUAUGACAUUUCUAGUGAAUAUUUGUUAAAUUCUAUUGUUGUGGCCAGAAAUCAUUUCAGAAUAAAAAUGUAUGUCCAAUGUU